AUGCACCGUGUGUCGUGCACCCUCCUCCUCUUCUGGUACUGGCGCUGCUUCCAGUACCCAGAGGCUACGGCCCCUUGUUUACUGCCAUCACCAUUGCUGGUCAUCUGCUCAGACCCACAAACCCAUUUCAGACAGCAGCAAAACUCCACCGUUAGGACUUCAUGCCUAUGGGACGGAGACCCCAAGCUCUACUGCCUGAGAGUCUCGGGAUUUGUGUCAAGAAUUAGAAGGGGAUGCACAGAUUUUCCAUCUUCUGAUUGUAGCUGGUGCUGGAGAUCAGCCUGGAUGCGUAGUACGAUUCUCCGGCAGUGUCGGUGGCUGCUGGGCUUCUGCCUCAAAACACAUCCGCCUUGGGAUUCCAGCCGGAUCCCCAUACAGGGUGCAUCAAUUUCCUGCAGAGUGCCCACGUGCCUUCACCAUGACCUGAGCACUGAAGUGUUUGGCCAGGACAUCCAGCUUCUCCUGCUCCAGCCACUCACAUGUCCUGCCUCUAAGCAAAAACCAGUGCUGCUUGGCUGGUGUGCACGCCUCAACAGUUCAAGAUGGCCUUCCCACCACAGUGGUCAAGGAGGUGAACCUGUGGUCUUGCUCCUCCCUGCUAGCUAUCGUCCAGAUUCUCCACACCAUCAUAAUGGUAAAUUGUACAACACGUGCAUCUCCUACUUCAGCUACCACCCGAAAGUUCAUGAUACCCACCAAGGGCUACAUGUUGCUUCCCUCCACACUGAUCAUGGACCUCAAGACAGCCUUAGUCUGGACUUGCUGGUGGAACCCAUCCUGGUACACCUUUUUAGCAUCCAUUCCAAAUGGCUCGCUAUCACUCAUAGCACCAUCAAUCUCUUUUGGAGCCUCUUACGUGUAAGCCCCAGAAAAAUGGCCUAUAGGCUGUUAGACGUUGAGAGUGGAUUCUGGUCUACCUCCUACAGUCCAUAUGUUCUGAAGAACAAUUUCUCUGUUGGCCGUAUCCCACAGCAUUCCAGGAAGAAGGUUGUAGCCAGCAUAUAUUUUUGCACUGAAGAAGGGGAAACUGGGGAGCUGAGAGGGGAACUUGGGUACUCUAAUGCCACCUUAAGUCUAACAUCUAAGAGUGAGCCACCAUUUCAUUUCACUCUCAACACAAGCAAAAUCAAGAUGGGCACCUACCUUUUCAGUCCAGCACGGGGACUGUACUAUUCCACCCAAGAAGGAAAGACUCCUGAUGAUCCCUCCAGCAUGCACUACUUUUUCUACCAGCAGCAAACCCUCUCGUAUCUAUUCACCAUCGAGUUUCACCAAUGGCAAUGGUACAGGUUGAGCAUGCACACGUACCUUAACAGGAAGGGAAUCCCUUUACAAAAGUUUUUCCCAGAGAAAAAUAUAGAAGUUCAUGUUUUCAACAGCGGUCCUUCUUUUUUACAAAGUUUGAUCUAUAUUGUGUGGUUUGUUCCUAUACAACACCCACUAUUGCAGAAUGAGUGGACCUUUGAGUUGCAAUUGUUUGAUUCAAGAGGGGACUUCCUCCUACGAAACAAUACUUAUACGUAUAGGGAUCGCAUCAAAAAUGCGGCCCAUUUUAUUCCUCACUUUGUUUUACCUUUCAAUCCUGCCUUGUAUGCGGGUUUUGUAGCACCAGUGAACUGCACUAAAAGACUGAUAAGGGCUGUUUUAAAAACUACAAUCAACCCUUACGCUUCAAAGGAAAGCAACUUCACAGUUCCUUGCCUUCAAAACGAUUGUUUUAUUAAACAUGUUAAAAUACGUAAACCUGAUUCUUCUAACAGUGUCUUACAGUACAGUAAAGGGACCUCGUUUACUCUGUCUGCUGACAUACAGAUGAAUUGCCCAAGUUCUAAACACAGAGGCAAUAUUUGGAAAAUCUAUAAAGUCUCAGAUGUGAAGGCUACCCCUGACUGGUCAAAACCUUUUGAUCCACCUGGCCUUGGAAGGCAAGAUCUUGUUAUGUUAGAUGUUCCUGGUUCUACUUUCGAUGAUGGUUUGUAUCUCUUUAAUUUCACAGUUAAAUUAACCACAACAGGUACUUCAGAGACUGUGGAGGAUUCUGAUUCGGUGUUUGUCCAGGUUGGGUCAGGUAGUCUUGUGGCCAUCAUUGCUGGAGGCAAUUUUCGGACAGUUGGAUUUUCUGAUCAAUGGACUCUAGAUGGAUCUUAUUCCUAUGAUACCGAGGCAGCCCUUCCUUCUGAAAGGAUCACCUUUACUUGGUACUGCACCAAACAAAAAUCAGACUACGCAUCCAUGACGCUAAGUUUGAAGGGAAAAUGUCACCCAGAUCAAGUGAAUUUGAAAUGGACAACAUCAUCUAAUGAAGUCCAAACAGUGCAGCCGGAAACCCUUCAAGCAAAUAUUAUUUAUUAUUUUUGUCUCGCGGUUCAAAAAGGUGGCAGGAUAGCUCGGGCUGAACAAACAGUUCAUGUGCAGCCAAGCUCUGUUCCAAUUCUGAACAUCACAUGUAUUGAAAAUUGUGGUCCGUCAGUCACACCCAGAGAAAGGUUGUGUCUGUCUGGCAAGUGCAUGAACUGUGGGAAAUCAAUCAGACUGCUCUAUCAUUGGUCACUUCUCACGGCAAAUUUCACUGAAAUAAAUUUUGAUUGGGAUGCCAAGACUACAACUGGACGGUCUAGUCCAUACAUGUGUAUCAAAACUCUGAGUUUUCUAAAUAUGACAGAGGCAACAUACGUGCUUACUCUAAAAGCAAGCAUCUGGAGAUACCAGUCAUCUGUUUAUAACUAUUCAUUUUUUGUAAAUUCUCCUCCUCAGAUCGGCAAGUGCUUGCUUAAGCCUACCACAGGAAGUGUGUUUCUAACAAAAUUCAUUGUUCACUGUAGCGGGUUUAGAGAUAAACAUUUGCCUCUUACAUAUAAAGUCAAAGCAGCGUCCCACCCGUUAACAAUUACUAAAGUGUUUUCUAUAGAAAACAACACCCCGGGGACAAUUGUGUAUUCUGGUUAUCGGUCUAAAAUCCCACCAUCUUUUUUACCCAUUGGCAUCCCCUCUAAGCAAUAUACCUUGACAAUACACAUUGAGGCAUACGAUGCUCUUGGAGCAUUUUCUCAAGUAACCUUACAGGCAAAGGUACACGGUCCAUUCAUAGGUAAGCAAACAGAUUAUAUUCUAAAUGAAUUACAUGGUUUAUCCAGUGGGCCAAAAGCUCCAAUUUCAUAUUUUCUUGAAAGUGGGGAUUAUUUUAAUGCAGGAUAUUUUGUCUACAUGGUGGCUUCUGUUUUGAACAGUAUUGAAGCUUUGCAACAAUUUCACUCCUCUAAGACCGAGCUUCGGGAAAUCCUUCUUAACAAGUCUGCAGAAAUCCCUACAACUGGCAUACUGGAACUAACCCAAAUGGUUUCAGGAAUUUCUCAAAUAACGCAGGAAGCCGCAGAAGUAAACAGGAAGACACAACUCCUUGCCCUCAGAAAACUCAAAGAACUGAGUAAAGAACUGAAAAGGUACAGAGAUAAAAACUUGGGUUCUAGGGACAUAGAAGUUCUCAGCACUGGUAUUUUUGAAGGGCUGUCCAAUAUCCUGAAAGCAUCUCUGCUAGACUACAGAAAUGUCCAUAAAAAUGGGGUGACAGACACUCUCUCCAUCACUGAGAUAUUAGCAGAAAUAAUCUUACAAGGUAAAGUCCCUGGAGAAAAUGAAACUGUUAUGGAAACCAGUGACUGGACCAUUAGAUUCAGAAAAGACGCCAAGUGGAGUGUUCCUGGUACUUUCCCUCACAGAGGGGUCUGUAAGAAUUGCUUUUAUUCCAAAAUCAAUCAAGAGGGUCAUGACGAAUUGCCAGCAGAUGCUGAAGUCUCCACUGUUGUUUUUGCAUUUCAUAAAAACCCUUUCCCUUGGUUACCCUUUUCAAAAGAUAUCAGCACAACGGUGACUGGAUUCAAGAUGACGGGAACCAGAUCUGAUGGCAACAUAGUGGGGGUCAUACCUGACGUAGCUGAAAUGAUCAUGACCAGAAAAGAUGAGGGCCCUGCCAUCUUUGAGCUGAAUAUUGGACACAACAGAAAACUUCACAAAAAAACUGGAGGCUUUAGUUUUGAAGUACAUAGAAAUUCCAAAGAAGUUUUCAUCCAGAUUGUAACUGAACGGAAGCUUACUUUCCAGCUAUUUGUUUAUCUAGGCCUCAACAUCAACCAUCCUCCCAUCGCAUCUUUCAGUGGUUCCCAUAACAAACAUACAGCAACAACAGGAAAGAAGUCUAAGGGCCAUGGCUGUGCAGCCCAAGAUUCUUCUAUAUUUUGCCUUUCCCGGUCUUUGCUGAAAUCCAUGUUCCAAGGUAACAGUGCUGAAAAAUGGAACAUGUCUAUUAUUUUACAAUCAGAUCCUUUCUUGUGGGACCCAAGAGUUCAGGUCGUUGGUGUCAGACUUUUUACCGCUGACUGCUUAUACCUAGAUGGAAUCCAGAGUCAAUGGAAAGAAGGUGUCUGCGACCUUGGCCCUCAGACGAGCUGGGAGAAAUUACAUUGCAUCUGCAAAGCCAAACAACGUACUCCAAGAACAGCAAGUCCUCGACCGAGAAGAACUUCCAAAAAUGACAUGAAAUUUUUGGCGGGCAAAGUCAGCGUCCACCCUGAUUUGAAGGAGGUCCCGUUGGUACGCGUCAACAACAACCCAGUGACAACUGUGACGGUCCUUUUCAUUUUUGUCGUAUACAUUUGCUUGGCUGUUUGGACCAUGAGGAAAGACAGGGCUGAUGUAAAAAGCGUAGACCAUAUCAUAGUCUUAUCAGACAAUGACCCCUAUGACCAAGUAUGUUACUUUGUCACAAUAUACACAGGAAGCCGCUUUGGAGCAGGAACCACAGCCGAUGUUUUCAUCCAACUGAUAGGCCACAGAGAUGCCAGCGACAUACAUUGUUUGAGACACCCCGAAUACCCAGUUCUUGUCCGUGGAGCAGUCAACACUUUUCUCCUGACUAGCAAGAACGACCUUGGAGAUAUUUAUUCCUUCCGUGCGUGGCACAAUCAUGGAGGUUCAUCUCCUAACUGGUUCUUGAGUAGAGUCAAAGUGCAAAACGUAUUCACCAAACAAUCUUGGAAGUUCAUAUGCCGAAAAUGGUUUGCGCUCAAUAAGGAUGAUGGUCUAAUAGAAAGGUCGUUUGUUGCCACUCACCCCACCACACCUUUAAGCAAAAUGGAUUUCUUCUGGAUAAAUCUUGCCUGUGAGUUAGCAGAGACCCACCUAUGGCUUUCUGUUUUCGCUCACAUCAGCACCAGUUCUUUGAAAAGGCUCCACAGGUUGUCUUCUUGCUUGGCGAUGCUGUUGUGCACCCUACUUUUCAAUAUCAUCUUCUUCAGUGCUAACAAGGAUGAGCUAGUGGCUUCUCAACAGCCGUUGUAUUUGAGGUCUCUACUGACUGGAAUUCAUAGCGCUUUCAUUUUCUUCCCUCUACAGAUAUUGAUAACCGUCUUGUUCAAGUAUUCUCAGCAGAAGCCUUUGCAACAGGGCCCGUUUAACACUCAGCAUCAAGGACGUUCUGCUUUCAUGUCUAGAAAUCUUAGGAACUGGAAGGAGCGUCUGCAGAAAUGGUACCUUGCUGAAACCGCUUCAAAAGGUUUAGGCGAUAGUUUCCACAAGAGCCUUUCUAGAACUCCAGAUUCAUACGGUUUGGAACAGUUGAAAAGAAAAAGCUGGGGGCAGGCAGCAAAGAAACAGAGUAACUGUACUGUUUCUGAGGGGGAUGCAAAUAUAAUUGCAACGGAAGAGGACAUGGUUCAUGAUGCCCAAGCCCCCAACAAUUUUAAUAACAGACAUGAGAAGAAAGACCCAUUUCCUCAGGUAACACCACUAAAUAGUCCCAUUGUGCUCUCUAAUAAAAACCCACAAAUAAUAAUCCCCUGGUGGUAUGCAUAUGUCUUGUGGACGCUGGUCUUGGUCACUUCGACGGUGUCAUCGUUUUUUAUCAUAUUUUACGGCCUGUCGUAUGACUAUGAAACAUCUUUUGAGUGGCUUAUAGCCUCGAGCGUUUCAUUUUGCGAGAGCGUGUUUUUGCUUCAAACCUUGAACGUUGCUUUCUUUUCAGCCUUGAGGACACUCUAUCCAAAGUAUUGUGAUAAUAUCCCAUGGUCAAAACGAGAAACCUACUUAGAGAUUAAACUGGACAAUAAAACUAUGGAUGCCGAUGAGAUGCGCGAGUUACAUUAUGAGCUGGUCCGUCUUCGAGGCACCAAACAAUACCAGCCCUUGGAAGAGGACGAAGUUGCACUUUUAAAGAAAAAGCAGAAGGUUGAACAACAGGCUUUUGUGUUCAUAAAGGGUAUCAUAUGUCACUUUGUCUUUUUAAUUCUUAUUUUAAGUAUCGCCUACUCAAUGGAAAACACUGCUAGUUUUUACUACAAUCAAGACAUUCAUAACAAAUUCUCUCAGGGGCUCUCAGAUAUAAGCAAGCCAGAGCACAUUUACAGUUGGCUGAAGAAUGUAUUUCUACACUUGAUCCACAACAAGAACUACCCAUCUUAUCUUUCAAAGUCCUGGUCCAAAAUCCUGGGGUUGCCCAGAAUGCGACAAAUAAGAGCAACGAAUACGUCAAAGGAUUGCUUUCAUCCACGCAGUUUGGUAAAUUUGUUUGUGAUUAGUAACAGUCAUUGUCUUCACCAUUAUGGACAUGACCCAGAAGAUCAACGAGAUUACCAUGGGUCAUGGACAAAUUCUGCCAAUGAAUCCAUUUUCAACCCUUUCAGCAAUUUUUCAGGCUACACAUACUAUUCAGUCCCUGAACAAUGGAAAUAUACUUCAUAUGGAACACUACAUGCUUAUGGAGCAGGAGGAUAUACUUUUCAUUUCCACCCAGAAGAACAACAGUCCAAUUCAUCAAGAAGAGUUGCUUUUUUGAAACAGAGAGGCUGGUUGGAUGAAAAUACAUGGGCAUUAAUAGUUGAGCUGACAGCUUUUAAUCCAGAUGCAGAUUUAUUUUGCAGCAUCUCGGUUGUUUUUGAGAUGUCUGACUUAGGCCCUGUUAACACAAGCUUGUCAAUCCAUUCAUACAAACUCCCACUUUUCAAGCAGCUAAGUAAGACACAAAAAUUCGUGUUUGUCACUGUUGCCUAUAUACUCAUAUUUUAUAUCGCCGACGAAAUUUGCGUGGUGCAACAACAGCGACUAAGAUACGUCCGAAAUGUUUCUAACUUAAUUAACUUUGGGAUAAAGACAGUUUGUCUCUUUUAUCUUUUGAACCAUUCCUUCAAGUUCAAGUUGGCUUCCAGCUUAAUACAGCUUUAUUUACUUCAUCCAAAAGAAUUCAUUCCAUUCCAUAAAGUUUCUCACAUCGAUCAGACAAUAAGGGUCGCUUUAGGUUUUUUGAUCUUUCUUAUCAUUUUGAAAACGCUGCGAUAUUCUCGGUUCUUUUAUGAUGUGCGAUUGGCUCAACGCUCUAUCUUAGCAGCCCUCCCUGGAAUUUGCUCCAUGGCUCUUGUGGUGGCAGUAUAUUUCUUUGUCUACAUGGCAUUUGGCUACCUGGUAUUUGGCCAGUAUGAAUGGAACUACAAUACUAUGAUUCAUUCCGCUCAAACAGUAUUCUCUUACUGUGUUUCAGCUUUUAAAGACACUGCCUUUACAUCCAAUAGGAUACUAGGAAGCCUCUAUUUGUCUUCAUUUAUGAUGGUCAUGAUUUGUGUGUUGAUCAAUUUAUUUCAAGCUGUGAUUAUGUCUUCCUAUGAAGACAUGAAACAACCCGUCUAUGAAGAGCCUUCUGAAGAAGCAGAAGUGGUCAAGUUUCUGUGUCACAAGAUCCGCAAGAUAUGGUUUUUGAUAAGGUGUAAAACGCCACCUGAACAUGAUGCCGAGCUUUUCAUUCGAUUUCUGUAUGGGCAUUCAGAAAGGAGAAACUCGCGUCACCUAGGACUCAAAGCCAGGAAAAUAAAUGGCCGGAAAAUGGUUUAUCUUGUUGUUUGA